AUGGACUCUGCUAAAAAAUUUCUCUAUCUUGUUACAGCCCAAAAUCAUAAACACAAGUUUUGGUUGCUUAUAAACUCUUUGAUUCUACUCCUUAACGUCUCUUUUUGCUCUUGCUCUUCUGAUACCAUAUCUACUGGCAAGCCUAUAAGAGACGGUGAGCUUCUUGUUUCUAAGUCUAAAACAUUUGCUCUUGGAUUCUUCACUCCGGGAAAGUCCACCUCUCGCUAUGUUGGAAUUUGGUACUACAAUUUGCCUAUCCAAACUGUUGUUUGGAUUGCAAAUAGAGAUACUCCAAUCAACGAUACUUCUGGAAUACUAUCAAUCAACCCGAGUGGAAAUCUAGUACUCCACCACAACCUCAGCACCAUUCCCAUUUAA